AGAGAGAGAGUGAUUACACGCGCGUCGGUGAGGCAUUGGGUGCAGCGGGCGGACCAAAAUGGAAAAAGUGAAAAAGAAAUGAGUCUCUGGACGAUAGAUUAGAGCGAAAAGCGGGAGGAAAAAGAAGUAAAACCCUGUUGGAUUCAUCGCAAAACCUUCUCGUAGAAAACUUCGCCAGCAACUUAUUUCCUCCUCUGCCUUUCUUCUCUCAUCCCUCUAAAGCCGAACUGAAUGUGCUCGGGCUCGGGCUGGGGCUUCCCGCGAUGGGGUUCGAGGAGCGAGUCUGCGAUCGCGAUUGGCGCAUGUGGGUCUUGGGCACGUGACGGAGGGCUCGGUCCUGGAGGCGCACGUGUUGGGAUCUCUCGGAUUCGCUUUUGCCUGCAUGGUUGACACAUGUUGCUUUGGUUGCUCAUCGUCACCGCUUCUUCUUGCUGCUGCAAAACUCUCUCUCUCCUCCUCCUCCUAUAAUGGUCGGUAAUAUUGAUGUCAUUUAGCUGCAAUUUUUUAUCUCCUCGUUCGUUCAAUCGCAUGUUCGCCAUUAGAUUUGUGAUCGCCUCCUAAAGGUCUGAUUUUGCUGGCUUUGGCAACACAAAUCGAGAGAAACAGAGAAAUCCGACUUCAAAGCAAACUUCUCCCAUGCCGGGAGACAAUGGUGUCUUGGACUACACAUCAUUGGGGGGCGAAUCAUCCCCAACAUUGGAGAAAUUCCAAAAGGUUUCAAUCAUACCUCUUGUUUUCCUCAUCUUUUAUGAAGUCUCUGGGGGUCCAUUUGGUGUAGAGGACAGUGUGAAAGCCGCAGGUCCCUUUUUAGCCGUCCUCGGUUUCUUGAUAUUCCCACUUAUAUGGAGCAUCCCUGAGGCUCUGAUAACUGCGGAGAUGGGCACCAUGUUUCCUGAAAAUGGAGGCUAUGUAGUUUGGGUUUCAUCGGCUUUAGGCCCCUAUUGGGGCUUCCAACAGGGCUGGAUGAAAUGGCUGAGUGGCGUUAUCGACAAUGCGUUGUACCCUGUUCUCUUCUUGGACUAUCUUAAAUCGGCAGUCCCGGCUCUCGAAGGCGGUUUUCCUAGAACUGUAGCUGUGCUUGUGCUGACUCUUGUGCUGACUUAUAUGAGUUACAGGGGUUUGACAAUAGUGGGUUGGGUUGCUAUACUGUUGGGAGUGAUAUCCCUUCUUCCUUUUGUGGUCAUGGGACUGGUGGCCAUUCCUCGUCUGAAACCUUCGCGGUGGUUGAUGGUAGAUCUUGGCAAUGUCAAUUGGGGUUUGUACUUAAACACUCUCUUUUGGAACCUCAAUUAUUGGGACUCCAUCAGUACUCUCACUGGCGAAGUAGAUAACCCGAGCAAAACGCUCCCGAGAGCUUUGUUUUACGCUCUCAUCUUGGUCGUCCUCGGGUACUUCUUCCCUCUCCUGAUUGGGACUGGAGCCAUCCCUGUUGAGCGCGAGCUGUGGUCUGACGGGUACUUCUCGGACAUUGCGAAGAUCCUCGGAGGUGUCUGGCUGCGGAGUUGGGUCCAAGCCGCUUCCGCUCUCUCCAACAUGGGGAUGUUUCUGGCCGAGAUGAGCAGCGAUUCGUUCCAACUGCUCGGCAUGGCGGAGCAUGGUAUGCUUCCCGAGUUCUUCGCCAAGCGUUCCCGCCACGGGACUCCGCUCACCGGGAUAUUGUUCUCGGCAUCGGGUGUCAUCAUGCUCUCUUGGCUGAGCUUCCAGGAGAUAGUAGCUGCAGAGAAUUUCUUGUACUGCUUUGGGAUGAUCAUGGAGUUCACGGCCUUUGUGAAGUUGAGGGUGAAGCAGCCAGCGGCUUCUAGGCCUUACAGGAUACCGGUCGGGACAGUCGGGUCGAUUCUCAUGUGCAUACCCCCUACCGCGCUUCUCCUCGUGGUCGUGGCUCUAGCACCGAACAAGGUCAUGGGGAUCAGCCUUGUGGCGGUGAUGAUCGGGCUUGUUCUGGAGCCCUUCCUUAGGUACGUGGAGAAAAGGAGAUGGCUCCGGUUCUCGAUCAGCCCCAAUCUGCAGGAUUGCGGCCCUGCUUAUCACCAGUGGAAUGACCAACCAUAGAUGGCCGCUUCUGUUGCUGCGAAUUUGACA